GUGCAGACCAACUCAAAGCUACUGACCUACUGUACGCGUCCAUCAAGCAUACCAAUCAGUCUGCCACCGCCAUCACACUCAUAGCAAGCAUGUCCGCCCUACGCAUCACCCGUGCGCUCCCAAAGACGGCCGUCUCUUCCCGCAGCUUCUCCAUUGCAGCACGUAGGCUGGCAGGCGGCGACACCGGAGGUACCCGCUCUGGGGGCUCUGCUUCGGGAGAUGCUUUCACCAAGCGUGAGGAGGCCAACGAAGCACACUACAUCAAGCAGCAAGAGGCGCAGAAGCUUGCGACGCUGAAGAAGAAGAUUGCAGACGCAGAGGCCGAGUUGGCAAAGCACAAGAAGGAGGCCGAGGAUCUUUCCAAGAAAGGAAACUGAGUGAGUGUUACGGAGGAUAAGCGGAAGGCAAUGAGCUGACCGUUCGUAGGACGAUAGAACAAUGGCACCAGAGAGAAGCGAGGAUGAAUGUAGAUAUCUGAGCUGAUGGAGCCAAGAGUGCUCUUCCUUCACCGUCCUGCUGAUUGACUCGAAUUUCAUCCACAUUGUGAUUCUCUGGCUUCUGCUUAUCAAUCUCGUGCACAGCUCGAAGCGCUCUUAGUAAUAACGACAGCUAGUAUAAGGCACCAGCAGACUGAGCUUCGCCGUCGCGCGGAUCUUCCCUCGAAGGCGCAUAGACUGGAGAGUGAGACUGAUACAAUAGUAGGUGUCCAGAUGGGUUCCAGUCAGAGGUGGCGUGGAAUAUGCCAAAGCGCGGAAGCGCGGCAACUGCAACGGCAACGAACUGAUCUCUUGGCUCUGUGUUGUUCAUUGUUCAACCAUGACAACAAACUCCUCACACGAACGAACUUGCUCGCACGAACGAACUUGCUCGCACGAACGAACUUGCUCGCACGAACGAACUUGCUCGCACGAACGAACUUGCUCGCACGAACGAACUUCCUCGCACGAGCAAACUUCCUCGUAUAACAAACUUCCUCGCAUGAACAAAUAUCCUCGCUGCAGAAACUCUACC